ACCAUUUAAUGUUAUUUAGAUUUCUAAGAAGUUUAAUCUUUUUUAGUUUUCUAAUUAGUAUUUAAGGCAUCUUAUUAAGAUUAAACCCUGAACGCUAAGCAUAAUUUUAAUCUUUAAAACGUAAAGAAGCCGCUAGAAAUACUAGAAAUAAGUGAAUAAACAUAUACAAACACACACGCGCACCUCUGCAGGAGAGUGAGAGGCCCCCUCCACCCUCAACACAAACCCCACGCAAAUUCGCCGACGGUAGUGUAGGUGAGGAAGUGUGUGUGAGUGUGUAUCCAGCCAGCAUCCGGCCAGUGUGUAAACAGGUACCAGGCCAGCCUCAUCACGACGUAUCCCCCAGGCAACGAGGUGUAUCAGCAACCGGCGCGGGCCCCUGCACGGAACCGCAACAGUGAGGGUAGCAGCAGCAGCCUCGGUGGCAGGAAGAUGCAUCCAUCGAAAAAGAUGAUCCCGGCCGAACUGGAUGAUCAUGAGAAGGGCAAGCUGUUCGUCGGCGGGCUGUCCUGGGAGACGAGCCACGAGAACCUGCAGCGCUACUUUAGCCGGUACGGCGAGGUGAUCGACUGCGUGGUGAUGAAGAACAACGAGACCGGCCGGUCGCGCGGGUUCGGCUUCGUGACGUUUGCCGAUCCGGAGAACGUGGAGCGGGCGCUCGAGAACGGGCCGCACACGCUGGACGGGCGCACGAUCGAUCCGAAGCCGUGCAAUCCGCGCUCGCAGCACAAGCCGAAGCGCACCGGCGGUUACCCGAAGGUGUUCCUCGGCGGGCUGCCGCCCAACAUCACCGAGACGGAUCUGCGCUCGUUCUUCUGCCGGUACGGCACCGUCAUGGAGGUGGUGAUCAUGUACGACCAGGAGAAGAAGAAGUCGCGCGGCUUCGGCUUCCUGUCGUUCGAGAACGAGAGCGCGGUCGAGCGUGCGACGACGGACCACUUCGUGCACAUCAGCGGCAAGCAGGUGGAGGUGAAGAAGGCGGAACCGCGCGACGGCAAUCAGAACAACAGCAACAGCAUGAACACCGACUCGUACCAGUGGGGCUCGCCGCAGGCACCCCCGAUGGGCAACGGGCAGAUGGGCGGACCGCCGAUCAACAUGCAGUCGAACAUGAUCCAGGGCUACCAGGGCUGGGGCACGUCCCAGCCGCAGCAGGGCUACGGCGGGUACGGGGCCGGUGCGGCCGGUGCCGCCAACGCGUACCAGAGCUGGGGAGCGCCGCCGCCACCGCAGCAGUGGGGCAACUACAAUGCCACGCCGCAGCAAACGCAGGGCUACGGUGGGUACGACAUGUACAACAACUCGGGCGCCGGUAGCGCCGGCGGGUACGGGUCCGGCAACUGGAACUCGUGGAACAUGCCGCCGAACACGGCCGGUUCGGCCGCUGGCUCGACCGCGGACAUGUACACGCGCCCCCAGUCCGGCCCGACCGCCGGUCCGGGCGCCUCGGCCGGCCCGACGAGCGGUGGCCCGUCCAAGCCGGGCUCGGAGUACGGUGGCGGUUCGGCCGCGUACGGUGGUGGUGCGGCUGCUGCGGCGGCUGCCGCUGCCGCCGCUACCGCCGGCUACAACUACUACCAGAGCGACCAGAACACGUACAACAACCGGCCGCGCUCGGUGUACGGUGCCGGCAGUGAUGCGACCUCCCAGCCGCCCUACCAGGCGUUCUAGAUGGGCGAGCGGAUUGACGCUUCCGACGUUGCUGCGGGCCGUUUGGCGGGCAUGGAACGCCCAUCGUUGGCAGCGGGAGGAUACGCGUUUGGUGGGCCCGUUAGCGGAGCAAGCGUCCAAGCGCCACUUCCAGCAGCAGCAGCAGCAGCAGCAGCAACAGCAUCGGUGCUCAAUCGUGGUCAGCGUUUACUGUAAGGAGGAUCAAUAAGAAAAUAGAGAGCACACACACACGCACCCAUUUUUUGGCGUCCUAUAAAUUACACGAAUCGAAUGGAAAGGAACAAAAAGAAGAAAAAACUAAGAAAACAGAAAGCAUUAGAAAGCAUCAGCGCAGUGUAACAGCAACAACAAUAGAAACAGCAUCAUGCAUACACAGCAACAUACAGAUAUAAAAAAAUACCCUCUGUAAAUCGAUUUAGUAGAGUGAAGUGGAACGGGCCCACAGCGUCGAGCAAGGGGUCGGAAUUCCAUCAGGAUUUUAGCAGAAGUAAGCACCCAUACGCUAGAUAAGAGAGGAAAACUAAACAAAAAAAAAUCUGACGAUCAUGAUGAUGAUGGAACUUUCCGAUGAAUUGUUUCAUAAAACACUGUCCGCUUGGGAAACUCACUCAUACAUACAACAAGCUAAAAGUGUGGAGGGGGUGGACAGACAUCGUAUUUCAUUCAAUUACAAGCAAGAGCAUGGAGUAUAUACAGCAGCAACAAACUCUAUACAUUAUAAAUAAUUAUAUAUAUACAUAUAACAAGGAAGAAAACAAAACAAAAGGUAAAAUCAUAUAAACAAAAUGAGGGAUUCUUAUAAGGUGAGCAACAACAAAAAAAAAAAAAGAAAAGAAAACACGGAAAAACAAAAAAGGAUGCUUAGCAAAGAUUAUAAAAAAAAACAAGUAACUCUAGUAACUACUAUUAUAAACAACAAGAACAACCACAUCCAUAUUGCAUAUAAAUGUUCGCAAACACAAAACACACACCCACACACAAAACACACUACAAUCCUCCCCAUAAAAAAAAUGCUGGUGAAGAAAUAAGAAGAGCAAAAAACACAACACAAAUGGAGUAAACGAUAGAUAGAGCGAUGAUGGUGGUAUGCGUAGGAAAGCGAAGCUAAUUAGAAGGAGAAGAUAAUAAUACUAACUAAUUACAUUUACUUUGCGCGACUUUAGAAUGAGGAAGCAAACAAAACACACAAAUUCAUGAUAAGUAGUUUACGAUAGAAACAAAAGCAAGAGAAAGAGAGAUAGAGAGAUAGAAAGAGAGUUAUAUAAAGCUGGAAGCUGGAAAACAUGUAAAAGAUGCAAGUAUAGGAGCGAAGCGCUGUAACAACCACGGUUAAUAUUUGGAGGGGUAAUAUGGUAGAGUUUGAAGCAAACCGGUGGCGUUCGGGGGAUGAGAAGUACUAAAAACUACAAAUUUUCCUUUAAAUGCAGAACCCACACACACACACACACACACACACACACUUGUACACAGAGAGAUUGGAUUUAGUGUGAGGAAAGAGAGCGAGAGAGAGAGAGAGAGAGAGAGAGAGAGAGAGAGAGAGAUGGUUGGAUUUGUUGUUGCAUUGAAACAUUGUUUCCUGUUCUGGUGGAAAUAGUAACGGAUUGUAUUAAAUUAACACUAGUUUUUCACACUUCUUUUUUAAGCAGAUAAAUGGGUGGAAACUCGGACAUUACACACACCUACCACACACCCACCUUACCACCUAUCUUUCGAGUUUUGUUUAUACACCUCAUUUACAUACAUAAACACACGCGCGCGCUCGCGAAUAAUUAACUGUUGCCGGCAAUAUCGGGGAGGAGGGAGAGGGUGUGUAAAAGUAAGUUAGCCUCUGUGUGUUGUUUUAAAGUAUAAUAUUCGUAUAGUAACUUUCGAAAUAGAAACAGACGAAACGCGUCAAUCUUUGUAAUUGGGUGUGAAAUUGUUAUUGAAUUGGAUUGUGGGAAGAGAUUGCUUCUGUUUUUUUUUUUUAAAUAUAACACACAACAAGAAACAAAAGAAAAACAUAAACGUGCAACACUGAACACAUAAUACCGGCAAUUAAUAUAUAGCGAGGCAGAGUGGCAGACAGACAGAGCGAAAGCGCUGAAAGUAUCGUUUGUGUUGGUCGAUGUGUAGGAAAACACAGUAAAGCUGUUUCGCUUUUUUUUUUUGAAAAUUAUCUCUGCGUGUAUGUGCGUGUGCUGUGUGUCCCACAUGUAAAGUGUUUUUUUUUUAAAGUAACAAACUAGAUACAAACAUACCAAUUUGAAGACAAAGUUAAAGAGACAAACACCACCGCAAACGAAAGGAGGAUUGUUUGGUUUUGUUUUCAAUUAUCUUUCCCUCCAACACACACACACACACACCGUUGUACGUGAACUGUUUGCAGCCUGUUUUCUUUCCAUUCGUUUAAUUUUUUUAUAUAUGAUAAAUAUUAUUUUUUCGAUUUUGUUUUAUAAAACACCAUUUACUUUAAUUAUCGAUCUAUGAAUAAUGCUAGCUUGUUCUGUUCUUUUUUAAUUGUAUGCUAAACAUACACACACACACACACACACACACGUACUGUGGUAGUGCCCUCUAGUAGUCACACUCUAGUGUCUGGCCAGAGCUUCCACAAAGACACAAACCAACGGUCGAAAUGGUCCUUUUUUGGCACAACUUUUCCUUUCCCCCUUCUGGAGUUUUUUUUGUUUUGUUUUAAUUUGAUUUGUACCACCUGGGCGUAUGUAUGCUAAGUUCGCUUUUAUCCCUAUUAUACCGUCAUUUUAUGGGUAGCACACAAGCGAUAUGUUAAACGAGAGACACGAGCAGAGCCAGUUUAAAACUGUGGGUAGAUGUAUUUCAGUUCUGGCAUGUCUGGUGUCAACACCAGGGGAAGAACGAUAGGAUUAACGCACGCAAGAAUUCAAUUGUGAAAACUUUAUCAUUUUAAAAUAAUGCGUAAAUAUGCGGUAGUUCAGCUUCUCGUCUCGUUUGUGAAGGAUAUUCUUUUUCCGAGUGCGCUAGUGUACUCACUUUUAAGCUAGAACAAAACAAGGCUAACAAUGGCAAGGCUCCCUGCCAAAAUACCGGCAAUGGCUGCGGAUGAAGCAUGGCUGUUAGUUAAGAAUCAUUGUGCAGGUCAUACAAAAAGAGAAAGAUAUGUAAUGGCAAUUAGCAGUUAAUUUCGUGCGCGCCAAUAUUAUGCUAGGAGAAGAAAGCACUUACACACACACACACACACACACACACACAAACCACUAUUUUUAGCGGUGGGGAAAGACGGUGAUUGUUUUAAACAAAAAAAGGAUAGUAGUAACAACACUUGAUUUAUCACGCCUUGAUCAUCGAGAAAGGCAUACCUAAGGAUAUAUUAGUAUUUGCUUUCCUUUUCUUUUAAUGUGGAAUUCUAUUAUUGUACAUUUUAGAUAGCAUCCUACCUACCAACACCCCUGUGUAUUGUGUCAAAAAAACUGCUCGCGGACGAUUAAUAUUAAAAUGUAAAAUGUAUGCCCCGUGAGGGAGGGCAGGAUUGUUCUCACGCGCGCGCGGCUUUUUAAUGAUUGUAACAAAAAAAAAACCGACUUUGUGCUUUUAUUCUGUUUUCCUCAUUCCUUUUUCGUGUUUUGUUUUCUUCUUCUAUCUCUGUAACAGCUCUUUUAUUUAACAUUAUUUUUUAUUUAAAUGCCCCCCUCUGUGUCUGUUCCUUUGUUCCCUUUUUCAUCUAUGAACUAGUUUUCCACGGAGUUUUCGAAUAAGUAAAGUGGAAAAACAAGAAUAUUUUUCUUUUUUUUUUUGCUUGUUUUAAAGACCGCAGCAGGCGGGCUUUCUAAUAGUAGGAGCAUACCGCUACACGUAAGGUACAUAGAUCACGCGCGCACGCACGCACGUGUGUAUCGCGUAUCUUAAGAACGAGAACUGAUAUUGUGUAACUUUUUAGCGAGGAAGUUAAUAACAAAACAAACAAAAUCAUACUGUAUCGAACUGAGCGAAUACCGGUGCGUCGGUGUGUGUGUGUGUGUGUGUGUGUGUGUGUGUGUGUGUGUGUGUGCAUGUGCGUGUGUUAGCAGAUAAAACAACACCCGCAAGGGCACAGGGCUUCUCGCGCACGUGUUUGCUCAUUGCGCAAAAAAUAUUGUUUGUGGUGCGCGUUUUUAAGCGUAUGUAUGUGCGUGUGUCCUAUGUUUCCUAGGAAACGAAAAGGAUAACUGCAUUAGCGGAGGGGUGUUGUUGGUGUUGUUGUUGUUGGUUAAGCCCAAGUAAUUGUUAUAAUGAAGCAUAUAAGGAACCAGAAAUGAAACAGAAAUAGUUUAUUUUUUCUCUCUCUCUCUCUCUCUCUCUGUAUUAUAAGGUGUCCCUUCUUUUUUGUUUUAACAAAUUAGUGCAACAAAAACCUAGAAAUCAAACUAAAAUAGUGGAUAAACCAACUUCUCCAACAGCUAAGGUUUAGAGGCGUGUUGUGCGUUUGUUUGUUGAAUGCGUGAAAGGGAAUGUUUGAAUGAGCAAGGCAGAAAGAUAUCGUGCGUGUGUGCGUGUGCGUGUGUGUGUGGGUUAAGAAUUCUGUUCUAAAACAAAAACUACUAGAGUGUAACACAGAAAAUUGUUUAAGAAAAAAAAGGGAAGAAAAACUCAACCACCAAGCAAGCAACAACGGAUUAAAGCUCGGGAGAAGAGGUCCGAGAUUUUUGUAGGUUAGGUGUAAAACAAGUAACAACAAUAAGCUAAAAAAGAACAUCAGUUAAGAUACCGCCGGAAGCCCUGUUUUAGUAGUGUUUUGUUUGAUUUUUUUUUGUUUUGCAUAAGAACUGGUAAAGAACUAGGUUUAAAAGAAGAAGCGUCAGAUAACUUAAACAAUAGUGAAUAGACAUCGUUAGUAGAGACAGAUAGUAGACACACACACACAUAUACACACAUACACACACACACACACACACAGCGAAGUGGAGGCGCGCGUUCAACGUCUAAAAGAGAAGAAAAGCGUGAAUUUUCCUAUUGUUUUCCGGAAACAAAACAAAUGGUAUCGAAUACCCGUUAGUUUUUGUUUGCUUCCUUUUUAACAACACACACACCCCCCCCCAGGGUGCGUGAUAUUAGUGUUGAGAUGUUAAUUAUGUUUCUUUUUUUUCUGUGUGUGUAGAGUCACUUCCAUGUUUUGAUGUAUUUUAAAAGUAAUGCUACUAUGCUAUGACUAUUACUUACUACUAGUACUACUACUACUACUACUAACUACCACGUACGUAUGUUCUCCUCUUGGCUGGCCUGCGUUAGCGAGCCGGAAAGUAAGAUAGUUUAGAAGCUUAUACCCACAGUUGUUCCCCUUUCCCUCCUCCUCCUCCCCAUCCAUCCAUGUUACAAUCCAUGCUACCUUCUCCUACUCCGACCCUAAGUGGCCCUUUUCUCCCCACCGCCCGUUCGGAAAGCGACUGGCUACGUUAAUUUGCCUCACAUCGUCCGGUUGAUCCUGCUUCCUUCCGUUUUGUUUUAAGAAGGAUGUACCGUUUGUUCAUUCUUUUCGUUCGUUUGUUUGUUUGUAGUGCUUUCUUAAGGUAAUGUGUGUAGUAGGCAAGUGUUAGGCAACUGAACUGAGCUAAGGAAAAGUGAGGAAAAAUACAAAAAACAACAGCUACCACCACCCUAGGAGGGCAAAAGCGUCGUGUGCGUCGUGUGUGUGUGUGUGCUAUCCCCCCUCCUCCAGCUAGAAGAAAAUCCUAUGAGGAAAACAAAGUGGCGAACGGUAGCGAGCGAGUGAGAAAUUUGCGUUUAAUUUUAUGUAUGUUCCGCUUUAUGAUUAAUUUGUUUAUGCGUUUUUUUUUUCUUUAAACUUCACUAUCUUCUUCUGUGUAAUUUGCUAUCUUUUCUUCUUUUUUUUGU